GCCCCCAGCCCGACUCCCUUUGCGUGACACCCUACUCGUCCCCACCGCCGCCACCACGGCCGCUCUCUUUCUAUAAAUCUAAAAUCCUUCAUGCUUUCCCUUCUCAUCCCCAUCUGUUUGUCAUCGUUAUUUGAUUCCGAUAUGGAUGCGGUGCUACGGACUGAGCACUCGCCGUUCCUCGGCAUGUACGACGUCCCGGCGGAGUACGCACCGACGCCGGCGGCCGGGCGGGUGGCGGAGCGAGAGGAGGAGGAGCUCAAGAAAGGGAUCGCUGAGCUCUACGACGAGUCGUCGGAGAUGUGGGAGAGACUGUGGGGGGACCACAUGCACCACGGCUUCUACGAGAGGGAUGCGUCGGUCUCUCUCUCCGACCACCGUCUCGCCCAGGUCCGGAUGGUCGAAGAAGCCCUCGCCUUCGCCGGAAUCACAGAUGAUCCUCUGAAGAAGCCCAAGAGAAUAGUUGACGUUGGGUGUGGGAUUGGAGGCAGUUCAAGAUAUCUGGCAAAGAAGUAUGGCGCUAAAUGUGAAGGCAUCACCUUGAGCCCUGUCCAGGUUAAAAGGGCACAGGCUCUUGCCAUUGCCGAGGGGCUAGAAGACCGGGCGUCCUUCCAAGUUGCAGAUGCUCUGAAGCAGCCUUUUCCAGAUGGGCAGUUUGACCUAGUUUGGUCAAUGGAAAGCGGUGAACACAUGCCAGACAAAACAAAGUUUGUAGGUGAAUUGGCACGUGUUGCAGCACCAGGAGCCACCAUUAUCAUAGUUACAUGGUGCCACAGGGAUCUCUCACCCUCAGAAGAGUCAUUGCAGCCCAAUGAAUUGAAUCUCUUAAACAAGAUAUGCAAUGCAUAUUAUCUGCCAGCCUGGUGCUCAGCCAGUGAUUAUGUAAAAAUAGCUCAAUCCUUAUCGCUUGAGGACAUAAAGACAGCUGAUUGGUCAGAGAAUGUGGCACCAUUUUGGCCUGCGGUUAUCCGAUCAGCCUUGACAUGGCAGGGUUUCACAUCACUGUUACGAUGUGGAUGGAAGACCAUUAAAGGAGCACUUGCAAUGCCUCUCAUGAUCGAAGGUUACAACAAGAAGCUAAUUAAGUUUGCCAUCAUUGCAUGCCGUAAACCUAUGUAGGUGUCUGAUGUAUCCUAAUGCAUAAAAUGCACAAGCGCAUAGCAGAAAAUUAGUCCUUGCAAAGCCAGUUUGGUUGUAUCAUAAACCUUUCAUGUUGCUUUCUUACAACAAAUUUUUGGGCUCAAGGUACUUCAACUGAAAGCAUGUGACAUUAAAUCUUGCUGUAAUAUGAGCUUAGACACAUUGUGCCGGUGCCGAUCAACAAAUGGAGAAACGAAGACCAAGGUGGGUAAUUGAAUUAAAUGGCGUUGUUUU